AGUACACAUUCACUUGAAACCAAUUCGACUUGACGUCUAGACAAUCGACACGCAAUGGCCUCGAGUGAAUCGGAUCUCAGGGAAAUUAUUCGCUCGUUCAAAUUUGAGAGGAUACUUAACCACGAUGUGAAGCUCAAAUUAAUAUUCAUUCUCGGAGAGAUAAAUUCUGAACCUGCGAUUGCCAUUGCGGAAAAGACAGCUUUUGAUGCCGAUAGUGCUUCGUCUUUGCUGGAUCAAGACGUGUCUGAUAUACGUCUAUUGGAUCAUAACGAUAUCUACAGAUGGCUCAUGGUGACACUUAAUCAGAACAUCAACUCAGCUCCUGCUGCUAAGAUUUCGUUGAUUUGGCCGGCGACUCCAACCCACAUUGCAAAAUACUCGACACCCAGACGUCGAAUGAUAACCGAAACUCCAGAAAUGUACCGCCGUAUACAUUCACCAUAUAUCGAGAAAAUGCGCGGUAGUCGUAUACAAUGGGUCUAUAAUAUUCUUGAGCACAAGGUUGAGUCCGAGAGAAUAGUGUACGAGAAUCCUGACCCCACAGAAGGAUUCAUCUUACUCCCAGACUUGAAAUGGGAUCGCACUACAAUGGAUUCGCUAUAUCUCGUAGCGAUUGUACAUCGCCAUGACAUUUUCUCUCUCCGAAAUCUCACAAAGGCACAUAUUCCUUGGCUUGAAUCAGUCCAGGAAGAAAUCAUAUCUAACACAAUCAAAGCCUAUCCGGAAGUGGACCAUUCCCAACUGAGACUAUACGUCCAUUACCUACCUUCGUAUUAUCAUUUCCAUAUCCAUGUUACGCAUGUCCAGUAUGAUGCUGGCGAUGGUACGAGUGUAGGGAAAGCAGUCAUGUUCAAUGAUCUUAUUUCCCGACUGCAGGAGAUGUCAGACGAUUCAUCCGGAUACAUAGACUCAACGUUAUCAUUUUUGCUCAGUGAGAACUCGGAGCUAUGGACCGAAGGAUUCUCUGCAGCGGCAGCAAGCAUCUGAUUUAUUUACUUUUGCGAUGAGCAGAUAUACGUCAGAAUCAAGAAAACGGAUAUAUUUGCAUCCACUCCAGGAUUCUUAAUGGUUGCUACUAUUGCUCUAGCUUUGGUUUCGUGAAUCUAAACUCACAGAAUUUUAAAGAAAUCGAUAUCGUAAAGUACACAUUUCAGAGUUCUCAAAGUCGUCGUAACAAUAAAGGAAAAAGAAUAAAAAACAAAAAGGAAACCAUAAAUAUGAAAGACAACACCCAUAACAACGUACAAACGCCGGCCGUUUCGAUGACACCCAGAAUAGUUCGCGUUCUCUAUUUAGCGCAAAAAAAAAAAAAAAA